AGGCUAAUCACAGUAUAGGAUCAGUUGAGCAUGUCAAGUAGGUUGCUGGGUCACAUGAUACCUAGGUUAGUAGCACUAGUAGCACAUGGUGUCCCAGAGAGCACAUGGUCCAAAGAGCACAUGGCAUGAAACACAGUGGACAGUGUAGCUAGCUAGAGCUGAGGUUCUGGCUUGGUUUGAGGACGGUGAUCACCAGACUACAGCUUUUGUCGAACCUUUAGUAGCACAUGGUGUCCCAGAGAGCACAUGGUCCAAAGAGCACAUGGCAUGAAACACAGUGGACAGUGUAGCUAGCUAGAGCUGAGGUUCUGGCUUGGUUUGAGGACGGUGAUCACCAGACUACAGCUUUUGUCGAACCUUUUGUCAUUCUUCUCAUUUUAAUAGCCAAUGCAAUCGUCGGAGUAUGGCAGGAGAGAAAUGCCGAGUCAGCAAUCGAGGCUCUCAAGGAGUACGAACCGGAGAUGGCCAAAGUGAUUCGCCAGGGGAAAGGGGGCGGAGUCUCGAGCAUACGAGCCAAAGAGCUGGUCCCUGGAGACAUUGUGGAAGUAUCAGUUGGAGAUAAGAUCCCAGUUGAUAUACGCCUCAUCACUAUUCACUCUACAACACUCAAGAUUGAUCAGUCCAUUCUCACUGGUGAAUCGGUCACGGUCAUGAAGCACACGGACGCCAUUCCUGACACAAAGGCAGUCAACCAGGACAAGCUCAAUAUGCUCUUCUCUGGCACAAACGUUGCGUCCGGUAAAGCUAGCGGAGUGGUGGUUGGAACUGGUCUCCUCACGGAGAUAGGGAAGAUCAGGGAUCAAAUGACUGGAGAUGGUGUCAAUGAUGCUCCAGCACUCAAGAAGGCUGAGAUUGGAGUAGCCAUGGGAUCAGGAACAGCUGUCGCAAAGAGUGCCUUAGAGAUCAUUUUAGCUGAUGACAACUUCUCGACGAUAGUGUCAGCUGUUGAAGAGGGCAGGGAAAUAUAUAAUAACGUACACAAGCAGUUCAUUCGCUACCUCAUCUCCUCCAACAUCGGGGAGGUUGUUUGUAUCUUCCUGACAGCUGCCCUUGGUCACCCUUAGGCCCUCAUCCCAGUGCAGCUGCUGUGGGUCAACCUGGUCACGGAUGGGCUCCCUGCCACGGCACUAGGAUUCAACCCACCUGACGUCGACAUCAUGGACAAACCACCGAGGCAUGUUAAAGACCCGCUCAUUUCUGGAUGGCUCUUCUUCCAUUAUCUGGCUAUCGGAGUGUAUGUGGGCAUAGCAACAGUGGGAGCUGCCACCUGGUGGUUCAUGUUCUACUCUGGAGGCCCACAAAUCAAUUAUUAUCAGUUAUCUCACCACCUCCAAUGCACCAAUAUACCACCCCUGAGUUUUUCUCUGAGUAGCUGUGACAUAUUUGAUGACCUUCAUCCAAUGACUAUGGCCCUCUCCGUCCUCGUCACCAUAGAGAUGCUCAACGCUCUCAACAGUUUGAGUGAGAACCAGAGUCUACUGGUGAUGCCCCCCACUAAGAACAUAUGGCUGCUGGGGGCCAUUCUCCUCUCGAUGACUCAGCAUAUUCUCAUCCUCUACAUUCCAUUGCUCACUACCGUGUUCCAAAUAACACCGCUCAACCUGACCGAGUGGUUUGCAGUGCUCUGUUUCUCAGUGCCUGUUAUUCUGCUCGACUAGUUGCUCAAGUUUAUGUUUCCCAUUAAUUCUGCUGGAUAUGUGAACACAGAUUGUGGCUCUCGUGUCAGUAAAGAGGAAUCCACAAGUCAACAAAAGAGUCCCAUUGCACUUGGCAGUAAUCUAGACAAGACGGUGAUGCAGAUUUCAAAAGUCCCCUACCAAGUUAAAGAAGAAGUAAACACUUUGACAGAGAAUGGAGCAUGGACUUAAUUUUAACAGUCACUCCAUCAGAGUAGCUGUGAUACAUAAUUUAUAGUACAUUAGACUGAGAAAAACUCAUGGCAUGUAGAGUAGUAUAUUAAAUUUGGUUUUUCUUUACUUUCUUUCUUUUAUGCACUAAAUUCAAUUCUACGAUACUUAUAUAUUAUAUCUGCUGUAUUUAUUUCACACUACUCUCAACUAUUGCAGGAUUUUAGUGAUUUUUCAA